AUGCUUGCCCUUCGACCGCUACUUAAGAAACCCAGGGGAGACGACAAGGAGAUCAAGCAGUUUCACACCAAGGUCGCGGUUGAUCAGAGGGAGUUGAAGACAUUACUGCAGCAGCGACUGCACCAGGCGGAGAAAGAGAACAGCCGUCGCCGCAAUGAGCUUGCCUGCAUCAUCUUCGAAGCGCUGCAGACGCCCAACCAAGGCACUAGAGACGACGUCGCCACAUUUCCUCGCACGGCGAUCGCAAACAACGUUCUCUUCAACUCUGCCGGAAGAGUCAACACAGCCUGUCAGAGCCUGCUCGUGGAGUACAACACAUUCGAGACGAUGAUCGCUGAAAUGGCGGGAGAGGACAAGAAUCCAAUUACCGAAACGUGGACACGCGAUAUGGAGGAGACAGAGAGGCUUUUAAAGCUUGGACAUAGGACUGCGCUCAGGAAUGUGAAGCAGGUACUAGGCGCCGAGGACGGAGAAGGUGAGGAUGGAGACAUGGAGGAAGCAGAAGACAAGAACCACGCAGAGCUCAACUAUGAGCUUCUGAAGAGCUUACGAUAUGCGGAGAGGGGUGUUAAGAGGAUGGUGAAGGGCAUUCCGAAGGAUGAGACGGGUUCAUAGGAGGAACGUUGGCUGCGCACUGCAAAGGAGAUACCUAGGUAUAUACACGUAUGCCUCAAGUUCGAAAUACAUAAGCCUUGAAUGGCGCGUUUAGAGC